CGAAGCCUGUAAAGUGGUGUGAGUGGCACCGAGUCAGUCGCAGACUGGAGUGCCCUGUGAGAGCAGGGGACGGACCGAACGAACGAACGAAGUGGCUUCUCCAUACACCUAAAACUGCUCGUGACGCCUUGCUCGUACGCCGUGCUGUCUGCCUAUUCGUCUGCCUGCCUAUCUGUCUGUUUGUCCGCCCGGCCCGAAUGUCCGUCCCGUUUCAUCGGCCACCUCGUCGUCCCGGUAAUACAUCCUGUCGCUGCGUCCUGUGCCAGCUGCUUUCAUGACGGAUCGUGUCGCGAGUUGUGAAACGUUCUGUGCUGCAACGAGGGCGAGCAUCGUUCCAGACACAGUUGCUCUACGUCAAUGUUGAUUUCACAUUGGCCAGCCCAUUCCCGAAGGCGCCGCCCAGAUACAGGGACACAGGAUAAGUGCGCGUCUAGAAGCGGAGACGCGAUGACGACCCGUUGACGGUUUCGCGUGGAUCUUGCCGAAAACCGUGCGUUAUGAGGCCGACCGCGACCGACUGGAUUUCCGGAGUAGCCUGAUGGCAGUCUACGUCCGCGAUUGUUCAUCGUGCUCCACUGUCUCUCCACUGUCGUUUUAUAUGUAUUUAUAUCGUUUCACGUUUAUCGUUACGGCGUUGUUCCGCUUAGGGACGUAGUGCGAGAGGAAGAAAGAGAGAAAGAGAGAGAGUGUAGUGCGUACAGGUGCAAUUGUGCUCCGAUCAUCGUCAUCGAUUCCACGUACGUUCGGCGAGGAAAAGAAAGGAAGUUUGCUGCGCGAUAAACUCUAGCCAUGUCGGCGUACGCGCAGUUCGGAUAUUCGUAUCCGUCGGCGUCUCAGCUCCUGGUGAGCGGCGGUCAACCGACAACGGCGACGUCGCCAGCAAUGUCGUCGGGAGGUGCACUCAGUCCAGGCGCCCUUUCACCCUCGUCGACGGCGACAACAACGGGGGCCGGGCCAGCAGGCACUGGCGGCGCCACCACCCCCGUGGGUGGUGCAGCGACCGGGCCGGGUUGUUGCGAGAACGGUAGGCCCAUGAUGACGGACCCAGUUACGGGGCAGACGGUGUGCAGCUGCCAGUACGACAGCGCCGCGAGAUUGGCGUUGGGCGCUUACCCCCGACUAACCCCCACUGCGACUUCCUACUCGUCGUACCCCACGCCGACGCCCUCCACCACGGACCAGGGGCCUUACCCUAGCAUCGGCAUGGACAGCUCUGCGUUCUACUCGCCACUGGGUAAUCCGUACGGGCUGAAGGACGCGACGGGGAUGGGCAUGACGGCGGACAUGGGUGCUGCCUGGGGCACGGCCGCCCUUCAACCUGCCGCCACGGGUUACUACCCUUACGAUCCAACCCUGGCCGCCUACGGAUACAGCGCCGGUUACGACCUGGCUGCGCGGCGGAAGAAUGCCACGAGGGAGUCGACGGCGACCUUGAAGGCUUGGCUGAACGAGCACAAGAAGAACCCGUACCCGACGAAAGGCGAGAAGAUUAUGCUGGCUAUAAUCACGAAGAUGACGCUUACUCAGGUCUCCACUUGGUUCGCGAACGCGCGGCGGCGUCUCAAAAAGGAGAACAAGAUGACCUGGGAACCGAAGAAUAAAACGGACGACGACGAAGACACGAUGAUCUCCGAUUCCGAGGAUAACAAGGAGAAGGACGAGUUGGCGGUGGACAACAGGAGCGACCGGGUUGGCGAGGAGGCGAGACGCGGUCUCGACGAUACCGAACCAAUGCGGCACGUAAAGGCGGAGCUGUUACAACAUGAGAAGGACAUGGACGAAGACGACGACCUCGAUCUCGAUGAGGACCGCCGGCGGGGUGAGCAUUCCUUUCAUACGAUGCAGCACCACCCUCAUCAUCACCAUCAGCCAUACGGCAGUGACAAUCACCUAAAGGACGAGGGCAUCAAACCGGAUUGUAGCACGGGUGGCGUGCCAAUCCCCGCAACGAAGCCCAAGAUCUGGUCGCUCGCGGACACGGCGGCCUGUAAGACACCACCACCACCCACACACCCGCAUCAUCAGCAUUACCACCUGCAUCACCAGCAGCACUACGGCCAGCAACAGCAACAGCAGCAACAACAACAUCACGUGGCCAACCAAGGCCAUCAUCAUCAUUCCCAACAACCUUGGUUGGGUCCGAGUAGUACGGGGGGUGGUGCAGGAGGUGGUGCGAGCGGAGGUAGUCUCGGAAGCUCGUUCGCACUGCCUUCGUCGGCAGGGAUGAGCCCUACGGCGGCAGCGACGACGCCAUACUCGGGCGCAGUUGCACGAUAUGGGGGUUUCUUGUCGUCUUCGUCCGGUGGUCAACUCCAUUACAACCCGAACGCGUCGUCGGGCACGAGCGCGGCUACGUCCUCGUCAGCGGCAGCGGCGGCGGGGUUUCCCGAAGUUGGUACGGAUACUCCACCCCAAACGCCGCCCAACAUGAAGGUGGCUACGCCGAAUGGAGUGAUCCAGCCACCACCGGGCGGUUACUGCCCUGGUGGCAACGCAGCCACGAGUAACGGCAACCCCAGCAAUCCCUACAGUGCAAAUCAUCCUGGCGGCGGUGGCGGUGGCGGUGGCGGAGGUGGUUACCUGUCGACGAACUCGGGUUCGACCAGCAGCACAUCGUCCUACAGUUCGAGGAUGCAGAGUUCGCCGCACAAAGACUUUUCACCAGUCGCCCAGAACUCCAUCCUGCAUCAGCAUCAGACUACUGCCAGUCUGCCGCCCACGGAAGCCACCACCGCUUUCAAACCGUUCUACAAAGGCUCGCAGUCGAUGGGUAGCGGCUUUGUGUCACCGGUCUAAGAUGAAGAUCAGAAUGAAUAUUCGGAGCAAUCAUCGCGUUUCUCAAAGAUAAAGCAGUGGCGCCACUGAGAAGAGGUCUCCGCGAGAGGAAGUCCUGCGACUGGACUGUAAAUACGCGCUCCUUGAGUGGUACCGGGAUUUAUUAGCGUUAUCUCGACCUCGCGUCAGGCCGAGAGGGAAGGAAAGAAGCGCGAAACGUAAAGAACGAGCGGAGGCAGGCAGUCAGGAAGGAAGGAAGGAAGGAUGAAGGCAGAGUAAGGACGGUAGGAUGUCGGGAAAGUGGUGGAGAGGAGGGUGGACGACUCUCUUCGAGAUACAUAAAUCGUUCCCGGACCUCCGGAAGGCGCGACCUAGGAAAAGACGUACUGCGGGUGAAAAAGCGAUCGGGGUGUGCAACGAGGAGAAGGAGGAAGAACAGGAGGAGAGAAAGGUGGAGACGGCUUAGAGGAGAUUUAGGAAUUAGGAGAAUUACGUCAAAGUGCCUGCUUGCGCACGGCUACGUACGGCGAGACGACACCAUCGGGGUCGCGGGGGUAAGAAGGAAGUAUGAGAAUCGCGCGAGAUUUACGUCCGACGCGCUUCUUCUCGCUUGAAUGCGUCGCAGGGAGCAAGAACCAUACAGCAGCCGUAUUCUUGAUCAGUGACCAUCGCAGUCACUAGCUUAAGCAAGAAACGCAAAUGUGCGCUGACGAAACGCGCGGACUCGCCGAAGAAUGAAUGUUUCCAAGUUACCCGUUCAAGGCGACCGCAAGAAUCCUCCGCGCCAGAUCCUGGUCUACAUCUUCAUGAUCUAGCUUCACGGAAGCUGCACACGGAACGUAUGCGUGAACACGCGUGAGUCUCCCUUUAGUCAUCGUCGAUCAGCGUCGAUCGUGCGGCGAUUCCUCGUUCGGGAGACGAGUUUCUCGAUGCACGUGGACUUGCCGAUUCUGUAAAUAAGGGAUGAAGAUCGUCCGUGGGGAAAGCCGCGUUGACGAACGCGUCGCACGCGUACAGAUAUAUUAAUACAUACCUCCUCGGUGGAAGAGCAAAUUCAGGAUCCUGGAUUCAGGAUGUCGCGUCGCGAAUGCAUGGCGGGACGACGCGCCUCUUCCACGAUAUCGUGACUCACACGGGCAACGUGCAAGAUAAGCGCUACUUUUUCUUCGUUAUGUAGAUACGGAGGUUUUUCUUUAAAAGUCGGUCGCUCGGGAUCGCUCGUAACGCGGGGUGAGAUUUCGCUGAAAUGGAUCAUCACGAACGUGAAGCGAUACCGAGGUCGACCAAGUUGCGCUCGCGCGCGGCAUCGCGAGCAUCGAGUGAAAGGGGGAGAGAGAUGGCGAAGGAAAAUACUUGAUCUACCUGUUAUAGGUUUAAAGCGAAAAUAGGGGGGGGGGAAGACGGAUCGCAUGGCGCAUUACAGCGCUACUAUCGUUAACUUACCACUAACUCCUUUAAUUAUCCGAAUGAAAUAUUAACGUAUACCCGAAUACCCGCAUAUAGAGAUGGAAUGAUAAAUAAUACACCUACGCAUCACGUACACAUACACAUAUACACGGAUACACGCGCGACACACACACACGGUGACACGCAAGUAACUCUAGGCUGUAGAUCUUAAGGCUGUACCCACUACAUCACGAAAUUUUACCGGGGUGGACGCGUCUUGAGGAUCCCGCAGAGAAAGAGAGAGAGAAAGAGAAUCAGUUUCUCGCCGCAGAGAAUAAUAAUAAAAAAUACAUCGCUACGUUACAAGUAUAAAGUACACGGAUAAACUCAUGUACGUGGGCAUCGUGCGAGAGUAAAGCUGGCGUACGCCCAUAAUAAUAACGUUAUCAGCAACAAGAUAGAGAAAGAAACAGAAAGAAGGAGAGUGUUUCAAUGAGAAGUUAAGAAUGAUAAUCGUUGAGGAUGAAGUUCAUCCCCUUUCACGCGACAACGUGAACUGCCACAUGUCUCGCGUCAAGACCGCAACGCUACCAGGACUAGUUCGCGUAACGUUAUUGUUCUUGGUACACAUGUUACACAUGUUAAUUGUAACACGAUUGUUAUGCAUAAUGGAAAUAGUUAUUCAAUCAUUUCUCAUUUCUCUUAUCAAUUUUUUUGUGACACGAGCGUUUUACCUUCGUUGUCGAUCAACGUAUGGUAUCGACGUUUUGCUUUCAAGUCGCGAUAAGAUUUUAUUUAGAAUUUUGGGAAAGCACAUUACUCGUCAUUAUGGAGGGAGGGAAGGAUACAGGAUAUAAGUGCUCGAAAUUGUUGAUAUUUUUUUAUAUAAUUACACGCGUAUCGCGCCUUCUUGUGAAGACAAGUCCAGCCACUUAUUGGAGAACGCGAGGAGCGCAUUGCGACGCGUCCGCCUCGAGAUUGUUCAGGCUACGAUACAGUCGGGCCACGUCUUUAAGAAAAAGUAAAAGCGAGGGAAAAAAGGAAGGGUGGGAAGGGGAACAGAAAAUCAACUAUUAUUUUGUACUUUGGCGUAGAUGUAAAUCGGGAGGCGGUGGAGGUAGGAUGAAUUAAAAAGAGUGCGCGCGAGUCGUCGUCGGCGGUAUUGAGGGUGUGUCGAACAUUGUACAUUGUUUUGUAAAUGAAUACAUUUAUUUAUAUCUGUGAUAAAAAAAGGCGGAGAGACGAGAGUUCACAACGUAAAGAAGAGGGAGAAGGGAGAUGAUAAGGCGCAAAGCAUAUAAUCGGCGUGCACCACUUCAACGAAUACGGUUGAUGGUGUUCGCGUAUUCGUUGACACACGUAUAUCAUAGCAUAAUUAUAUAGAUACUAUUGUUCUUUGUAAAUAACCAGCAGGGAAGUAGAGUUGCGCAGGGAACGAGGUACGAGCGUUCCUCCGCUUCUCCUGCGAUAGUUUAAGGCGCGAACGCGCGAGGGUGGAAUAAAGAAGAAAACAAAUUUAUAUAUAUAUACAUAUAUUAUAUAAUAAAUAUUUAUACAUAUAUGUAUAAAUAUAUACAUACAUAUAUACAUACAUAUAUACAUAUAUACAUAUAGUAUAUAUAUAUAUACACACACACAACGCACGUUUUGUGUACAUUGUCGCACCCUCGUGAGAGAGAAUUUAUUUGUUGUGAAUAGUACAGGUAUGAAUACUACGAUAUACAGAUAUACACUACGAUUACUACAUAGGUUUUAUUCGCUUGUUCGUACGGAUUCGAAUUGUAAAGUAAUUAAAAUUGUACAUAGUUCUGAAUGUGAAUAUAAACAGAAUAUAUCUAUUAUUACUGCAA